CCUGCUCCAGCUCGAGCUGCUCUAUUCCCUUUCAAACUGCGUCAUUCUCGCUGUCUCUCAACAUGGCGGGUACCGUGGCGAACAAGUGUCUCAGUCCUCUGGCUUUCCUCACCAGGAGGCUCUCUGCUCCGGAGUUCAUCACUCAGUGCUGUUACCACAAGAAGGUAGUAGAUCAUUAUGAGAACCCAAGGAACGUGGGCUCCCUGGACAAAAACUCCAAGAAUGUUGGAACCGGCUUGGUGGGAGCUCCAGCCUGUGGAGAUGUAAUGAAGCUGCAGAUUGAGGUUGAUGACCAGGGGAAGAUUGUGGACGCCAGGUUCAAAACCUUUGGCUGCGGCUCUGCUAUCGCCUCCAGCUCUCUGGCCACCGAGUGGGUGAAGGGCAAAUCUGUGGAUGAAGCUUUGACAAUAAAGAACACUGACAUUGCCAAAGAGCUCAGUCUUCCACCGGUUAAACUUCACUGCUCCAUGCUUGCGGAGGAUGCCAUCAAGGCUGCUCUGGCUGACUAUCGCCUCAAGCAACAGGACGACCAGCAGGAGGCAGUCAGGGCCAGCAAUUAAACUGAGCACUCUCACUCUCACUCCGAGCUGGACGCCACUGCUCGCUUCCAGGAAGAGAAGUAGCAGCAAGUCCAUUUUCCUGCAGUAUCAAUAACGCACACCUAAUAUGUUGAUGACAAGUUAACCACCAUCAACCUUCUGUAGCAGUGUUACGCCAGGCUUAGUCUGUGGUCCUUCAACCCUGCACCCUUUAUCCUUUAGCCUGUCACGUAAACGCACAAUGUAAGCACUGUUUGGGUUGUUGGUACAAAGUUGAGCCUUAUUUUUGAGAUUGUGAUAUAUUUUUGGAUUUCGAGCUUGAGGAGCGCACAUUUCAAAUGGUGUGAUAGCAGAUAUCAGUUAAAGAUGAGAGCUGUUAAAGUGUCCUGUCUGCACCCUAAGCACUGACCUUUUGAUAUGCAAUUGAGCAAAGUGGCUUGAAACAAUGACAAAGACCCACUGGUUUUAUGUAUAAUUUAUAAUUAUUUAGUAAUGCUUCCUUGAUAAUCUGCAAUAAAACUAUCCUGAAUCAC